AAAAGAAAUCCAGCUCUUUGAAGGUGUUAAGAGAGCAGCCAAGGCAGCCGGGACUUGAGAGAGGAAGAUCGAGAGAGAAGGGAGAAGAAGGGCUUGAGUCUUACAUCCUGCGGCCUUCCUGCCUGAGGGACGUGCUGGCUCGUAGGAGGCUCCAGAGACAAGCAGAGAACAACAGCUCCGUGUUGGGCCGUCUCACAAGGCUGGGAGUAAAACUAAUUAAAUUAAAAAUGGAACUCGGGACCACCAGGUCAGCCCAACCCUAAGUGACCAAGAACCUAGAGCAAAAGGAACCAGAGAGAAAAGAGGGAUCGUCCUGCACCUUUUCUUCCUACCAAGGCAUUUACCAGUAUUUCAGUUGCACGGGACCAGACCCCGAGAAACCAAGCCGAAAACAGCAGCCGAGAGGUUAAAAGGCUGGACCCCGCUUUUGAUAACCUCACAGUACAGGGGAGACAGAAAUCGGAGGUGAGAGCAGGCAAGGAGGAGGGGCCUCGGUAGACAUCCCCGCUAUCCUUUGAGAAGGGCCUCUGAGUGAGGGCAAACCAGAAAUGACCAGUCACUGUGAAAACUAGAGCGUGGCCCCACUCAUCCCAGUCACCAACUGGAACAAAGUCUCUGCUCACGUUCCUCUCCGAAUAAGGACAGCCUGUUCCAGGGCCUCUGUGCUUUUGGCACAUACAGUAUGCACAGUUACCAGGCAUGCCGGGAGACAGAACCAAAUGAUGGAAGAGAAAUAAAGAGAGAAAACGGACAAUAGAAGUAGACCCACAUGUUCUCCAAAUGUCACAAGGGACAGACAUGUUGGUCUUUAAAAUAACUGUGGUGAAUAAUUGCAGGACGAUAGACAAGAGGGGGAAUAUCACCUGAAGAAAACAAGAACCCAUAAAAGUUUGGCUCAGAUGGAAAUUCUAGAACUGAAAAAUACAAUAACUGAAAUGAAUGCAAUACCUAAUUCAAAGACAUUAGAUGCAGAGGGAGAGGGCAUGGCAAGGUAGUAUGUGUCUCAAGAAAUUGGAAAGACAACAGAUUUCAAGCCCAAAGAAAGGACAAGAAAGGAGGUAAUGAAGAUGAGAGCAGGUGUUGAUGAAAUAGAGGAGUAGCUGUAGCUGUAGAGAAAGAUCUAGAAGGAGCAGCAGAAGGCAGGGGCGGAGUGCUGGCUCUGCCACCAUCUCUCUGUGUGACCUUAGACGAGUCGCUUGCCUUCUCUGAGCCUCAGUUUCCCAUGUCAGGAAAAUAAGCAUGAUUAUCCAUUUGGCCCGGUUGUGUGGGGAUCCACACGGAGGGGGGUCCACACGGAGGGCAGCACUGCACUUCUUCACGCGACGUGCUGAUGUACCCACCCAUCGACUCGCCCCCUUGGUCAUUUCACUGGCAACUUUCCUGCAGGGGCUUUGCGGAGAGCCAGGGGCAUCCCAGCCUUGGGGGAUCUGUGCACCGCGGCAGGCGUGAACGGAACAGAAACCCGUGCGGUUCAUUCACCAGGCUUUCCAAGCAUUUAAAACAGCUCAUCUGUCAGUGGCUGGUCAUCGCCAGCCUCUCCCUGUUGCCAGAGAGGUUUAUCCUUGCUCAGCACCCUCUUGAGGGAAAUCGUGACUUUCUGGAUCCUUGAAAAGGUGCUAACGUGUGUCACCAUGGUGCCAGUGGCCCCUUUAGACUGUCACAUACACGUUCUCCGUGCCUCCUCCAGUACAGGCAUACCGAGAGUUCAGUUCAGCGCGAUUCAGCGGAUAUCGUAACAAAGUGAGUCAAAUGAGUUUUCUGGAGCGUACAGAAGUUCUACUUCCACCGGGGGAGUCUGUUAUGUGUGCAGUAGCAUUAUGCCUUAAAAAAUCAAGGUGCAUACCUUAACGUAGAAAUCCUUUUCUGUUAAAAAGUGCUAACCCUCAUUGGAGCUUUCAGCCCGCCGUAAUCACUGAUCACGGGCCAUCUUAACAAAUCUAAUAGUGAAAAAGGUUGAAAUAUCGCGAGGAUGGCCAAAAUGUCACGCAGAGAUGCGACGUGAGUGAACACUGUUGGGAAACGGCACCGAUAGGCUGGCGAGGCACAGGGAUGCCGCUGUCCAAUUCGUAAGAGACGCGGUAUCUGCAAAGUGCGACUAAAGGGAGCGGGCUCGUCCUCCAGCACGUGGCUGAGAGGUGCCCGUCACUCUGCAGGCGGGCCAGGGGGCCGUGUCCCCGGGGGAGGUGUGGCCGGCCUCCCUCGCCACACGCUUGGCGCGCGCGGAGGUCUCAGGCCCGUGGCAUCUUGGUCCGGGUUCUGCUCCCGGGAGCAGGGCUGGCUUUCGCCCGUGCGUCACAGGCUGCGUCACUUACUGGAGUACAGGGCAGUCAUGCUUCCCUUGUUUCUUCCCCGGGGCUGGGGAAGGGGUGGAAGGGUGUUCUCGCUUUUCCAUCGCCGUGCACGCGAGGGCUUUGGAAAGCACUCACUGAUGCUGGCACAGAAGGUCUCUGCUGGGAUGGGAUCUGCGCGAGCGCUCUGGGCUCGGAGAUGUGGCUACCGGGACUUGCUGAGUGGACGGGAGGAGGGUGUUGUGGUUCCCCUGCUUCUGCGGCCCAGCCUUGCCCUCUGUUCCCCCCCUCACUCCAGCCCAGCAUCAGCUCAGAGCAUGAAUAUCUGUCCCAUGGAGCCAGGACCUUGUAGGGACCCUGACAGCCCAUUCAGAACUUUAUUUGAUCUGUGCGGUCCAACAGUCCUCUAUUUGAGUGACCCUGUCUCUGCCCUUGGUGUCGGCGGGUCCCCAUGUCACUCUGAGCAAACUUAGCCUUUCUAGUGGCUUCCACAGCCCCGUGCUCUCCACCCCACCCUCACACAUGCCUGUUCCUCUCCUCCACAUCGAUCCGGGUGGACCAGCCUCCUUUCUCCCAAAGGCACCAGGGCCUUGCAUCUGCCUGGGAACCUCCCACCUUAGACUCUUUCUUGAUGUGUCCCAACCACCUAUCCCAGAGCCUGGAGCAUCGCAGAGCCCUAGAAAAUAUGCAGUGCGUGGAUCAGAUGACUGGACAAGCCUUGCCUGGGUGACAGCCCAGCAAAGUGGAAAGAAUCUGUGAUACCAGCCCCAUUUUCCAGUUGAAGAAACGGUUCAGGGAGGGCAGGUGACUUGUUCACGGCCACACAGCAAACGGGCGGUACAGCCUGGUUGAGAAUCAGCAUCUUCUGCUUCUCCAUCUGUGCUUUUCUGCCCAGCUCUCCCCUCUGGAUGGUUGGCCCUUGUCUUUCCCGGCAUCUGCUUCGGCGUUCCUUUUGUGCCGUGUGUGUGUGCGCCCGGUGACGGGGACCCAACGGCGAGUGAGACUGAGUUCCCGUCCUCGUGGGGCUCCCGGCCCAGGGAGGAGACAGAUGAGUAAACAGGACCCCCGGAGUGGAGCCAGAUGCUGUGGAAGCCAGAGAGGAGGCUGCUCCUGCCGGGAGGAGGCAGGCCUUCUUCCAGGAGGCAGCACCAGCUGAUCCCUGAAGAACGAGUAGGAGUCCGGCAGGGCGGGAUGGUCUUUCCGCACAGUGGGGUCAGCCUGGGCAGGAGCCCAAAGGCAGGGACAGCUCUGACCUGUGGAUCAGUCGCACUGCUUCAAGCAAGAAGCAAUCCGCUUUACAAAAUAAAGGGGCUUUGUUACCUGUCUCAUGUCACGCAGAUGUUGAGGCGGAGGGGGGACUGCGGGUAAGGCUGGACCGGGUUCAGCACCACCUGCCCCGGUCCUGCUCAGCCCUCGCCUUCGUCCACUCGCGCCAUUAAACCGGCCAGCACGACCUUGACUUUUGUGUCCAAAAAUCAAACGGCCAGAGCAAGAUCAAGUUUCUUCGCCUCCUGCAAGUCAGGGGGCUUCAGUCUGACUGGAGGACUUAGCACACAUACCCAUCCAUCCCUGGGCCGAGAGGGCCGGGAAUCCCCUGCCAGCCAAGUCAAAUCCGAGCCCGCCCUUGACGGUGACAGACGGCCCUCAGUGCCUUCGUCAAGCAGGCUGCUUAAUGGUGACAGCGUGGGAAAGACCGGGUUGUAAUUAAGUGUCAGCACACAUCAUCCCUUCCGGAGGACGGUGGCAAAGACACCUUCCCUCUCUCCUGCACCGUGACCCUUCCUUUGAGGUCCUCACCACCCUCCCCCCUCCGAGAGUCCCUGCAUCUGUCACAAAGAUUAAUUGCCCCUCAACCCCUUUGGAUGGGAACGGAAAUCAUAUUAUUAAGUUUGAUUAAAGCUUCGAGAGACACUAUUGGCUGUUUAAGGACUGCUGACCAAGCCGCCUGCUUAUCUCCUGGAAAGACAGAUUAUAUGCAAGGGGAAUCAACCUCACCCCGAGUGGUCACUUAGCCGCCGGCCGUCACAGGGUGAUGUCCGGCACACUGGGGUGGCCGCUGGCCCGCGGGAGCGAAGUUGGCCGCAGUCCCCCUGGGAGUCCCCGCCUCGCCUUGUGACCGAGCCUCCGUCUCUGGGAUUUUUCUUCCGCGUCCCCCCCCCCCCCCCGCUCCCAGGCGUGAUUUCCUCCAGCCCGUCCCCUGGGAGGCGUCCUUCCGGACAGAGCAGAAAUGGUGACCGUGAGGAAAAGGACCCUCAAAGUGCUUACCCUCCUCGUCCUCUUCAUCUUCCUCACCUCCUUCUUCCUGAACUACUCCCACACCAUGGUGGCCACCACCUGGUUCCCCAAGCAGAUGGUCGUCGAGCUGUCCGAGAACUUCAAGAAGUUCAUGAAGUACGCGCACAGGCCCUGCACGUGCGCCCGCUGCAUCGGGCAGCAGAGGGUCUCGCCCUGGUUCGACGAGAGGUUCAACCGGUCCAUGCAGCCGCUGCUCACGGCCCAGAACGCGCUCCUGGAGGAGGACACCUACAGCUGGUGGCUGAGGCUCCAGCGGGAAAAGCAACCCAAUAACCUGAACGAUACCAUCAAGGAGCUGUUCCAGGUGGUGCCUGGGAACGUGGACCCCCUGCUGGAGAAGAAGUCGGGGGGCUGCCGGCGCUGUGCCGUGGUGGGCAACUCCGGGAACCUGAGGGAGUCCUGGUACGGGCCUCAGAUAGACGGCCACGACUUCGUGCUGAGGAUGAACAAGGCCCCCACAGCGGGCUUUGAGGCCGACGUCGGGAGCAAGACCACGCACCAUCUGGUGUACCCCGAGAGCUUCAGGGAGCUGGGGGAGAACGUCAGCAUGGUCCUGGUCCCCUUCAAGACCACCGACCUGGAGUGGGUGGUCAGUGCCACCACCACGGGCACCAUCUCCCACACCUACGUCCCUGUCCCCGCGAAGAUCAAAGUGAAAAAGAAUAAGAUCCUGAUCUAUCAUCCGGCCUUCAUCAAAUACGUCUUUGACAACUGGCUGCAGGGCCACGGGCGAUACCCAUCCACCGGCAUUCUGUCCGUCAUCUUCUCACUGCACAUCUGCGAUGAGGUAGACUUGUACGGCUUUGGGGCAGACAGCAAGGGGAACUGGCAUCACUACUGGGAGAACAACCCAUCGGCGGGGGCUUUUCGCAAGACCGGGGUGCACGAUGGAGACUUUGAGUCCAACGUGACGGCCACCUUGGCGUCCAUCAAUAAAAUCCGGAUAUUCAAGGGGAGAUGACGCUGCAAAGGAGAACUGAGGCACGCCUCUCUGUGUCCAGCCCCAGCCUCUCGCUGGGGCCGUUCUGUCCUGGGAGCUUUGAGGGCCAGCCUCGGGGGUGGGGGCGUUCAGGUGCCCCUCGCGGCCUCCCGCGAGCCAACAUGUGGCAGCGUCUGCUCAGCAAGGGCCCCGAGCCCCGCCGGGUCUGUGUCGGAAGUCUCAGAACUGGUCUUAGAUGGAGAGGGCCCCUCACUGCUGUCCCGGAGCUGGAGGGAGGUGGGGAGAUGCGGGGGAGGGUCCAGUCUCCAAACACCGAGGUCCCUUUGGCUUCUGGGGAGGGGGCAGAUACUUGGGACUCUGUGUUCUAAAGGAAAGGACAGUUUUCCGGGACGGAUGGGCGGAGACUUUUCCUCUGCCCGGGGACCCAGGGAAGACCUCAGGACAGAGCCGUGUUGGACCAUGUGGACACUGGGGGCAAGAUGGCGCCUUUCUCUGCACGAUGCCCGGCCCCUCCUUCACUCGGCUCGACAACGCCCCGCCCCCGCCCCGCCCCCCCCCCCCCCCCCCCCCCCCCCCCCCCCCGCUGUCGUCCCAAAGCUCAUUUACGGUGGCCGGAGAGGCUCCCCGCCCCGAAGGCCUUCACAGACUCGUGGCAGAGCGUUUCAGGCCCCGGCAGAUGUCUUCUUCCGCAGCCGAUGUCCCUGGAGCGAUGGAUCUUUGUGGCUGUAACCGUGGCUGAGAGCAGAUCUGACCACUUCCGCGUGCCUUUGUGUCUGGGGAGAAACACGCGCAUUGGCCGAAACAAGGCAAAAGCCUUGACUCGGGAGAGGGGACCCCCCCCAGCAAUGCCGCCCCCUUGCCCUGUAGCUCGGGGGCAUCUUUUCUAGUUUCCUGAGGCCGCGCCUGAGUUGGAGCAGAGCUGGGAUGACGGGCGGUGCUGUCCAGAGGCGUGUCAGCCGCGGAACAUCAUUCUUGCUUACAUUCACAGACCGUUGGAUGUGGCGCCCAUGACCUUCCAAGGCCACGCGUAUGACCUCCACCAGCCGGCACUUUCCCCAGGAAACCCACGCUCUGGGCCACGUCCCUGCUGGCCACCUGCACGGUGUCCUGAGGGCUGCAGGGCCAUCCCAGGAACAUGAGUUUCAGAGCGGGAGAAGACAUACCUCAUUCUCUCCCUCCCGGGCUGCUCUGAUCUUUCCUCUUCAGCCUUCCUGAUUAUUUAUUGAUUUAUUCUUUUAACUCCGCUGACGUCGUGUGCACUUUGUGGCUCUGUGGCCGGUCCUGACGGCUUAAUUGAGCUUGUUCUUGCUUCGCCUGGCAGCCGGGGAGUGGGGGAGCUUGAAUCUAGGUUCUUGGGGAGCUUCAGACUCUGGGUGGGGGGCGUCUAGGGCUUGGGGGCUUGCCGGUGGGCAGAUCCCAGGGUUUCAGGUUGGCAGCUUUGCGGGGUGCUCCGUACCUCCUUCCCUUCGGCCCCACCUUCCUUCCUCGCCAUUGCGGAUUGGAUUCGGUCUCGGGCUAAGAAUCUCCAAAACCCAGCGGGACUCCCUUGGGGCCGGGUGGGGAGUGGGGUCACACGUAUAGGAGGACAGUGAUUGUUGGCUCUAGUUACUGACCCUUAAUCAGAAAAACCGCUUUUCCUGUUGAGAGCGUUUGCUAACAGGCCAUGCCACCUUGAGGAGGCGUGACAGCUUCCUGGGGGAGCGUGAGGCAUGCCAGUCUCGGAAGCCACGGGGCCUGUCUCCUGCGCUCUCGAGGCUCUCUGGCAAGCCCCGUUCUCCCGGCUGCAGCCUCUCCCUCUACAAACAGGGAAGGAAGCAUGUUGUCAGCUCCGGGGCCACAGGUGGUAUUAGGCAGUUCCCAGGGGUCCCCAGAAAUGGCAUGCCGCGUUUGUCUCCCCCCAAGCCCGUGCAUAUGAGCAUCGUCACCGGGAGAGAUUCCUUAGCCUUUAUUAGAUUCUCAGAGAUUCAGAAUACAAAAUGUGAUGUAUAAAAAAAAAAAAAAAAAAAAAAAAAACCAAAAAACACACGACGUGUGCCCGUUUUAAAGUCCUCCAAAGCAUGAGACUCUCGUGACCGGUGAAGGCUCAUCAGUCACUGUGAGGUCGUCAUCUUGAUCAUCCACGCUCAGAGACUAGAGCAGGCAUCUGUCGAUUGGCUGAUUGAGCCCAGGGACAGCCCUUGAGAACCGUGGCCACUGAGACAGGGAGCAGGGUGGACUCCCGAGCUCUUCCUGGGUCCAUACAGGGGUGACAGGUUCAGUGCGUGCAGUCGGCUCCUGGGCGUUGCUGAGUCAGAACAGGUCCCCGUGGGGAGGAGGCGCAGGCUGUCUGGCCCGGCUGCCCGGUCCUGGCCGUCUCACCCUCCCGCUAGGCCCGUUCAAGCCCGCCUGCCUUCCCAUUUAACAGACCAGAAAAGCAGGACCCGGGGAAGGGAAGCGACUUGCAAAAGUGAGCCAACAAUCGUGACAGCACGAGUCAACCAUUUCGAGCAAAACCAGGAAAUCGUCGGCUCUCUGUUUAAAACAUCCUGAGGUGGGCUUUCCCAGCUGGGUUCCAUCCAGCAUCUCAGAGAACUGUGAUGGGGGUGGGCCUCUGCCUUCUCCCCACCUGGCUCGUCCCCAGGCUUCCCAUGGUGGCCCUGGCAAGCCCUGGUGUCUGCCUUUUGCCGCCAUCCCCCCAGUAGGGGAGAAACCUUGCUCCUCCCAGUGCCCCAGCACACGUUUGUGUUCAUUGGCUUGGCGAAGGGGUCUAAACCCAAUGCGCUCCAAUCAUUGGGCCUGGGAUCGAAUGCGCUGAUUGGCUUAAGCCAGUUAGCGUCUCUACCCGGGGUAAGGAUGGCUGAGAAUUGGGCAAGACUGUUUCCCACAGAGCAUUGAGCGUGCUGUGGGCGGGACAACGAGAAACCCCCAGCCAGAGGAGGCUCUCGAGUGUCCACCCCGCUCACUGUUGGACUCCCAGCCCAGGGCUCUGCCAGGUCCCCAGGCACAGGGCUCCUGGGAGGCCAGCCCCGGGCCCCAGGCAUGGAGCAGAGGUGUCCCCGCCCUCAGUCAUCAGUGCUGAGCCUAAAGCCAGAAAGAUGGGGGCUGAGGAGGAAGAGAGAUCUCGGCGCUCUCUCCAACCCCCAGUGAGCCAGGAGCCACCUCCUGCAAAACCAGCACCUGCUUCCACAGGCCCCCCUGGAGCCCCUGCCCUUACCCCCUCCCCCCGUCAAGGCACAAAGCAGGGCAGGUUUGUAGCGUCUGGCCCCCAGAGCCAUCGGGCAGAAAAGAAAGUUCUUAAACCCAUGCCUUUUGAGACUCUGGCUUCAGCGGGUGUCGUCGGGCAACCCCCACGGGCUGUGCUCAGUGGGAGAAGCCAGAUACAAGAAAACAGGGCUUAAAAUAGGGAAGCCAGACAAGAAGGUGGGGAGGGCGAUUCUUGUAAGUGCCGGGGGCAGGAAGGGCUGGGCCUCUGGGUCAAGGGUGGAGUGGAGUCACAGAGAGUAUUUCGAGCCGUGGCCUCUGCUUUAAGUGUUCUUGUCAAGGCAGCCCGAACGCAAAAACGGGAAACAGAAAAGAGCUCACCGUCCCCCACAUGGGGAGCACCAGAAACGCUUCCUCCAGGGAAGGACAAGCCCCGAGUGGCCGCUGUCCAGCGACAGAUGGCCGGCCGCUGGCCACGUGCCAUCAGGAGCCAGCAGCUGCCCCUGUGCCACCCCCCUGCCGCCCCCCAGAGCUCGGGGUUAUCACUGUGUCCAUCACGGACAUCUGGUUGGAAGCAGACAUGCCCACAGGCCAUGUGGUCUGGGAGACGGAGUCAGCUUUCCGCUUUCUCGUCCUGAAGAACCUCCGCCUCUGGGGCACAGAGAGGAGAAGGUGCUGUGGCAGGAGGGGCAGAGACCCCCCCCCCAAAGUGGCGUUCACAGCUGGCAUCCGGGCAUUAGCAGCUUCCUUGCUCAUUAGACGAGCGGCAAUGUGCUUCCCACAAGCGUCCAGCCCACCCCCCCCCCCACUUUCCCUCUCAGCCCGUCAGAGACCUGCGCUGGUGUUGAACUUGACCCCCUGGCUCAGCCGCGCUCAUUGGGCAGAACUCCCAUUUGUGUCCACCUGCGGAUGGCCGUGACCCCGACGCCAGCUCUAACCUGCCACCUCUCCCCCCCCCCCGAAGGUGAGCGCCCUCCCCAGCCGCGUCAGCACGUCGCUGAACUCCCGUCCAAGCCAAAGUUUCCCGAGCGCUUUCCGCUCCUUGCGGUCUCGUUUGGUUCCUUGUCGUCGUCGUAAAAUUUGCUUUCUGUUCCCUCUCGCCUCGUGUUUGUUUUGUAGCCGAGCGCUAAUCUGGAUGCAUUUGGAAUGAAGUUAGCCAGAGUCCGCCUUCCUCAGCCUUUGCUCUGUUUUAUUUAUUGUUGGACAUUUCCAAUGAUCCAAAUCAAAGUGAAUUAAAAAAAAAAGCUAUUUUAUCGUU